AUGCUCACACACAACCUCAUGCUCACACACAACCUCAUGCUCACACACAACCUCAUGCUCACACACAACCUCAUGCUCACACACAACCUCAUGCUCACACACAACCUCAUGCUCACACACAACCUCAUGCUCACACACAACCUCAUGCUCACACACAACCUCAUGCUCACACACAACCUCAUGCUCACACACAACCUCAUGCUCACACACAACCUCAUGCUCACACACAACCUCAUGCUCACACACAACCUCAUGCUCACACACAACCUCAUGCUCACACACAACCUCAUGCUCACACACAACCUCAUGCUCACACACAACCUCAUGCUCACACACAACCUCAUGCUCACACACAACCUCAUGCUCACACACAACCUCAUGCUCACACACAACCUCAUGCUCACACACAACCUCAUGCUCACACACAACCUCAUGCUCACACACAACCUCAUGCUCACACACAACCUCAUGCUCACACACAACCUCAUGCUCACACACAACCUCAUGCUCACACACAACCUCAUGCUCACACACAACCUCAUGCUCACACACAACCUCAUGCUCACACACAACCUCAUGCUCACACACAACCUCAUGCUCACACACAACCUCAUGCUCACACACAACCUCAUGCUCACACACAACCUCAUGCUCACACACACCCUCACACUCACACACAACCUCAUGCUCACACACAACCUCAUGCUCACACACAACCUCAUGCUCACACACAACCUCAUGCUCACACACAACCUCAUGCUCACACACAACCUCAUGCUCACACACAACCUCAUGCUCACACACAACCUCAUGCUCACACACAACCUCAUGCUCACACACAACCUCAUGCUCACACACAACCUCAUGCUCACACACAACCUCAUGCUCACACACAACCUCAUGCUCACACACAACCUCAUGCUCACACACAACCUCAUGCUCACACACAACCUCAUGCUCACACACAACCUCAUGCUCACACACAACCUCAUGCUCACACACAACCUCAUGCUCACACACAACCUCAUGCUCACACACAACCUCAUGCUCACACACAACCUCAUGCUCACACACAACCUCAUGCUCACACACAACCUCAUGCUCACACACAACCUCAUGCUCACACACAACCUCAUGCUCACACACAACCUCAUGCUCACACACAACCUCAUGCUCACACACAACCUCAUGCUCACACACAACCUCAUGCUCACACACAACCUCAUGCUCACACACAACCUCAUGCUCACACACAACCUCAUGCUCACACACAACCUCAUGCUCACACACAACCUCAUGCUCACACACAACCUCAUGCUCACACACACCCUCACACUCACACACAACCUCAUGCUCACACACAACCUCAUGCUCACACACAACCUCAUGCUCACACACAACCUCAUGCUCACACACAACCUCAUGCUCACACACAACCUCAUGCUCACACACAACCUCAUGCUCACACACAACCUCAUGCUCACACACAACCUCAUGCUCACACACAACCUCAUGCUCACACACAACCUCAUGCUCACACACAACCUCAUGCUCACACACAACCUCAUGCUCACACACAACCUCAUGCUCACACACAACCUCAUGCUCACACACAACCUCAUGCUCACACACAACCUCAUGCUCACACACAACCUCAUGCUCACACACAACCUCAUGCUCACACACAACCUCAUGCUCACACACAACCUCAUGCUCACACACAACCUCAUGCUCACACACAACCUCAUGCUCACACACAACCUCAUGCUCACACACAACCUCAUGCUCACACACAACCUCAUGCUCACACACAACCUCAUGCUCACACACAACCUCAUGCUCACACACAACCUCAUGCUCACACACAACCUCAUGCUCACACACAACCUCAUGCUCACACACAACCUCAUGCUCACACACAACCUCAUGCUCACACACAACCUCAUGCUCACACACAUACAUACCUGGGGGCCUCACUGCGCUGCUGCUCCAUGA